ACAAACACAUCAUAUCCAAUCAUACCUCACCACCUUCAUCAUUUUUUUUUUCUUGAUAGCUUCUCAUUUGUUAUAAAAAUUUCAUAUCUUGAAAACUACUUACUUGCAUAUUACUGGUUCUUUUCUAUUUGAGGAUCUUACCCUUUUUUUUUGGUGUGCUGAGUUGGUAUUUUUUAUUUAAUUUUUUGUUGCUAAGGUAAAGAAAAGGGAGAAAGAACAGUUUAUUUAUUUUUGGAACCAGCUUUUCUGCUUGAUAAAUUAUUGACUCUCUCUCUCUGUUGUUUCCUAUUUGGGUUUUCACAUUCAUUGUGUUUGCCUUAUCCCUUUCUUCCUUCUCUUAACUUAUCUUUUCAUUUCUUUCCAAAUUUGGUUAAGCUCUUAUGUUGAAGCUGCAGAAAAAAAAUCAUUUUUUUAAGCAGUUUCUAACUUUCUAUUUUCUGGGUUAUUGCUAUUUACCUUAGUUCAAGUUUAAUAUCUAAUAGUAAAGUUCAUUGAAUUGAGAUUUUACAAGUUGUUUUAGUAUUUUCUUUUUAAACCAAAUAAAUAAGAUAUAAUAGUCUUCUUUAAAUUUGGAGAAUUUUCUCUCUUUUUUUUGUUGAUCAAGUUGGUCUUUUCUAGAUUCUUUAAAGAGUUAGCAGUGAAGAAUUUUCUCACUCAUAAAAAAAGGGUAUUCUGAUUCCUUUCAAAAAAAUUUGUGGUCGGUUUAUCCUUUCAUAUAAGGUUUUUUCUUUCAUUUUUGCUUUAUUUUCUUCUGUUUUCCCCUGUUUUCCUCUGUUUUUCUCACCAAGUUAUACUUUUUCGACUAAAUUCCUUGGGUUUAUAAUCAUAAACCGAGGUGAAUUAGCUCAAAUUUGAUUCUAUGCAACACUAGUUUGUUCUUUAAAAAGUUUGAUUCCAUGAAGUGGGAAAUGGAAAUUCUCCCUCCUGAAUCAUUCACUCAAAAUACUAAUUGGUGUAUAGAAGAGAACAUGAGUACAAAAUGGACACAUGAAGAGAACAAACUAUUUGAAAAUGCUCUUGCAGUUCAUGAUAAGGAUACACCAGAUAGGUGGCACAAAGUGGCUGAAAUGAUACCAGGAAAAACAGUUUGUGAUGUUAUGAGACAGUAUAAGGAAUUAGAAGUAGAUGUUUGUAAUAUAGAAGCUGGUUUGGUACCAGUUCCUGGAUAUAAUAAUACUCCUACUUUACCCUUUACUUUAGAUUGGGUCAACACUUCUGGAAAUGGAAAGAGAUCUUCUCUAGUUAGAGGUCCUGAGCAUGAAAGGAAGAAAGGUGUGCCUUGGACUGAAGAGGAACACAAAUUGUUUCUACUAGGUCUAAAGAAAUAUGGAAAAGGUGAUUGGCGAAAUAUUUCUCGCAAUUUCGUCAUCACUAGAACUCCAACUCAAGUUGCAAGUCAUGCUCAGAAAUAUUUCAUAAGGCAACUUUCAGGUGGCAAAGAUAAGAGAAGAGCUAGCAUUCAUGACAUAACAACAGUUAAUCUCUCAGAAACAAUUGGAACUUCUUCUUCAGAAGACACCAAUAAUAGAUCAACUUCACCACAAAAUUCUAUGUUGAUGCAGCCAACUUCUUCUACUACAACAAAUUUUCAUUGGAGGAAUAAUCAACCAAAUGUUAUGGCUUUCAAUCAUGGACAUGAACAAGCCUUCAUGGCUCCUCAUGGUGUUGAUUCCUAUGAGGUUAAAAUGGAAGACCAAGAUUUUCACAAGGGUACUAUUCAUGAGUCUUCUUAUCCACAUAACUUGGUUUUCCAAAUGCAACAUUCAUCACAACAUUAUUCUCAUGCAUAAAGAAUCAACGUAGUGAACAAAGAGCGCUUGAAUGAGAUGGUUUAGGUCUCUUUUAGAUUAAUUAGAGCACUUGGACUCAAAUCUAAAACUAAGAAGGCAGAAGCGUCAAAACUCUUGUGGGAGACAUUUGUCGCUCAUUAUAGUCCUACCCGACUCGAAUGGUUAGUGUCAAACAUUUACGCGCAGAAGAUAUUCAAUUUACACCCAAAUAGUGCUUAUAAUGUCUGAUUUUUUUCCAAGGUCUAUGUGAAUAUCUCACAUUAGAAUUUUGGUUAGUUUUUGUAUGUCAACUUGAAGGAAGUUACAAAUAAGUCUCACUUCCAAUAAGUCCCCAAUGUUUAUUUUUGGGUGGUUUCAUGAGAAGUUUAUAAUGGAAUUUCAACUUAAUACAGGCACUUUGAAAAUUUGAAAACCAGCAAGGCAUACAUGUGUGUGGAAGGUACUGAUACUGGUAUUAUAUUCAAAGCAAAUAAUUAUUUUUGAAGCCA